AUGGUUUACGCCAAACCCGUCGAAAAACCCUUUGUUACCUCAUCCUCUUUCCCCUCCCCGUCAGGUCUCCUGUAUCGCCAAGAUAGUGCGUUAAAUCUCCCCAAUCUCUCUUCAAUCAGUGACAAGCAGUCAGUCCAGAUUGCAGGAAUAGACUGGGACACAAGUAAUAUCGCCGACGACAAUUCAUGGCAGAGAUUCAAGGGUAAAGGAAACAUGUUCUACUGCCUCAUGGACAUGUCUGAUUCUGCGGCUGGAGUUCAAUGGCCAGACCCAUUUAAGAGACUGCCUCCCUCAGCAAGCAGUCCCUGGAAAGGAACUCUUGAAGGCAAGUUCCUAACUCUCACAAUGCUUGACUUUUCUAACUCAUACGCCUCCAAUGAACUGGCAACCUGGGGUUGGUUCGAAGGGGAAUACGACCAGGAUGUAAGCGCCAACUUCGGCGACAACGUUCCCGAUGUUAAGAACAUGAUCGAAGUCGCACUCACAGCUUUGGGUCUGAGUACCACUCCCAUGAAAGACGGCGGUAAAAACAUCGGCAUCUCCAUCGAGCAUUACGACGACCAACUGAAGUACGAUGAUGGGGAAGAUGUUCCCAUCGAUGAGCAAAAUUACGAAGUCGACGGGAAAACAUACCCGAAUACUGGUGCUUGGUUCCGAUUUACUCUAAAUCCGGAACAAGGCGUGAUAUUCGGCCAAGAUUUUCUUGGUCCCAAAGCCGCAGCAGAACAGAAUCUAGACUGGGACGUCAAGAAAGAAGAGCUCCCCAAGCUAAGUAUAGCGUCCGACAUCCUAGCUGCAUAUUGGUUACGCAGUCCAACUCCUAAGAACCUCAAAUAUUGGUUCGGCCAAGAUGUCACGAAUGAGGACACAGUGCCAAUCAUUAUCAAGAUCCUUUUAAAUCAUGGAUUUACUGAAGGCGUUCCAACUUGGCCGGGAUUACAAUUGAAUAUGCCGAGUGAAGAGGCGUUAGUACUUCUGGGCUCGCCCAUCGGUUCAACCAUAGCCUUCUUCCUUAUUCAGCACAAGGAAGAACUUGGAUUGAAACACGUCUCUUCCAUAACCAUUUUUCGUGAUCGCAAGACCGAACCUGAUCAUCAUGCGGAAGUGCAACUUCUGUUUCGCAUCGACGACGUACCUCAAGAUGAUAUAUUGCCCGAAGAUACGGAAAUGCUGGAUGAGGGUACAAAAGGAAAACAUACGCGACGCGGUACCAGGAGGAAAGAUAGCAUGGUAGAUCUGGAUUUGGGACGAAACAUUAGCAGGGUGCAUGAGAUGAGCUUGGGCGAGCGCGGCGAGAUGGUGCUGUACAGUCACGAGUUCAAGCGGGAAUUAUGA